AUUCCUUGCUUUUACCAAGUCGGCUAAUGCUUGUAUACUACGACAGUACUAAACCACUGUUCGAUCACAGUAAAGACUGAAACUAAGUAAGCUGAUCGAUCAAGAACAUGGCAGUUAAUUGUGCUGCUUCCAAUUCCGAAUAUGAUCGGCUCAAAGAAGUUAAAGAGUUCGACGAGUCAAAGAUGGGAGUAAAGGGUCUUUCCGACUCUGGCAUCACUUCUAUUCCUCGCUUCUUCAUACACCCACCUGAAACUCUUCCUUGUAAUAACUUCAACUCUAGCACCAACACUACCUCCAUCCCCCUACUCGACUUAGCCAACCUCAAUUCCCCCACUCACCGUCCCAAAAUCAUUCGACAAAUCAAAGAUGCCGCCGCCACGUGGGGAUUCUUCCAAGUCAUCAACCACGGGAUACCGGCAUCAGUCCUCGAUGAGACAAUCCGAAGCAUCACAGCCUUCCAUGAACAACCUCACGAGAUCAAAUCCAAACACUACAGACGCCAAGAGCACCACGGUGUCAUGUACACUAGCAACAAUGACUUGUACCGUAGUAAGGCGGCCACCUGGCAUGAUUCCCUUCAGGUGUUUACGGCACCGGAGGAGAUGAAGGUGGAGGAUGACAUCCCAGAGGUUUGCCGUAAGGAGGUGAUUGCAUGGGAUUUUCAUGCAGCCAAAGUAGCCGCGGCAUUAUUUGAGUUGUUGGCUGAAGGUCUUGGUUUGGAACCUGGGAAGUUCAAGGAGUUGGGUUUUAUGAAAGCUAGAUUAUUUUUGGGGCACUGUUAUCCCUACUGUCCGCAACCAGAUCUGACGGUGGGAAUCAAAUCUCAUACUGAUGCCGGUUUGACAGUGUUGCUGCAGAACCAGGUCGGAGGGUUGCAAGUGAAGCAAGGGAGUGAGUGGGUGGAUGUUAAGCCCUUGCCUGGGGCAUUGACUGUUAAUAUUGGUGACUUCAUACAGAUCAUAUCAAAUGGGGAGUAUCAAAGCGUGGAGCAUCGAGUAUUGGCAAAUUCAUCGAAGGAACCAAGAAUCUCAAUAUUGAUUUUUAAUAACUUGGGGGGUUGGAAUGAGUCAGAUGAAUUUGGGCCACUUCCAGAAUUAUUAUCAGCAGAGAAACCAGCCCUUUAUCGACAAUUCACUGUGCCAGAGUUUCUUCAAAGCUUUUAUAGCAAAGGAUUAGAUGGCAAAAACAUAGUAGAAAGAGUUACACUACACUAGCUAGUAGUGACAAAUCAUAUAUGUAUGUAACAUGUCAUAUAGGUAUUUGCAAGUCUGAAUUUCACAUUAUACUUGGUGAGAGCAGACAAACUUUAUUAAUAAAUGUAGAUGAAUGGCAUUGUCUAUCA